CGCUGGCCGGCCGCUCGUGUGUUGUCGCUGGGGGGGGGGGGGAAAUAUCAAACAACUCGGCGGGGGGGGGGGAGGGGGGGAACCGAACGCUGUCGUCGGUUGCCACCGCAAGCGAAACCCCGGCAGAGGAACGAAGAUGGCUCUCCGCUAACGCGCGCCUCGUGUUGCCCUGUUUAGUCGCUGCAUUAAGCUACACAACGACGGCUCGCUGGGCGCUAACGUUAGCAACUGCCGCUAGCUAACGUCACUGGACUGGUAGUCUCUCUUCUUCUUCUCUCUCUCUCUCUCUCUUUCUUCUCUCUCUCUGCUGCGGCUAUGUUCGUCCAGGAGGAGAAGAUAUUCGCCGGCAAAGUGUUGAAGAUACACAUCUGCACCAUGGACGGCGCGGAGUGGCUGGAGGAGGUCACGGAAGACACCACUGUGGAGAAACUGAAGGAGAAGUGCUUGAAACAUUACGUACACGGAAGUCUAGAAGACCCCAAAACACUUACCCACCAUAAACUCAUACAUGCUGCUACAGAACGAGUCCUCACAGACACCAAAACUGUCGCAGACGAAAAUCUCAAAGAUAAAGAAGUUUUGCUGCUCAUAAAGAAAAGACCACCACCGACCCCUCCAAAGAUGGCAGACGUUAGUUCAGAUGAAAAGAAACAAGAUAACAAAGCUCCGGACAAAGAUGCAAUUCUAAAAGCCACCGGCAACCUGUCCACACGCCACACCGACCGCACUGUUACCCAGCACAACAUCAGAGAUGUGAGUUUUCAGACGGAGCUAAGAAAAAUCCUGGUUUCUCUCAUUGAAGUCGCCGAGAAGCUUCUUGCCUUGAACCCUGAUGCUGUUGAACUUUUCAAAAAAGCCAAUGCGAUGUUAGAUGAAGAUGAAGAAGACCGGGUGGAUGAAACAGCCCUUCAGCAGCUCACUGAAAUGGGUUUCCCUGAGAGCAGAGCCAUCAAAGCUCUUAGAUUGAACCACAUGUCGGUCACCCAGGCGAUGGAGUGGCUCAUCGAGCAUGUAGAUGACCCCUCUGUAGACGCUCCGAUACCUGGCCAGGACUCGUCUGGGGCAGCCGGAGCCACGGCUGCUGCCCCACCAGCCACUUCAGCCAGUCAAGCACAGAAGAGAGGCAUCAAGCAGGACGAGCUCACAGAGAUCUUCAAGAGGAUCCGCAGGAAACGGGAGUUCAGACCGGACUCGAGAGCUGUCAUUGCAUUGAUGGAGAUGGGGUUUGAUGAAAAGGAGGUGGUUGAUGGUCUGAGGGUGAAUAACAACCAACAGGAUGCCUGCUGCGAGUGGCUGCUGGGAGACAGGAAACCUUCCCCAGAAGAUCUGGACAAAGGCAUCGACACCAACAGCACGCUGUUCCAAGCCAUUCUGGAGAAUCCAGUGGUCCAGUUGGGUCUCACCAAUCCCAAGACCCUGCUAGCGUUUGAAGACAUGCUGGAGAAUCCUCUGAACAGCACCCAGUGGAUGAACGACCCCGAGACGGGCCCUGUCAUGCUUCAAAUAUCCAGAAUCUUCCAGACCCUCAAUCGCACAUAGAGCUUCCUGGUGACUCCACCCUCUGUGUGACAGGCAGCUUGUGUGUGUGCGUGCGUGUGUGUGUGUGUGUGUCUUUCGACCAUAUUGGUGUGGAUGUGAGUGUAUCCGAGUGUGGCAGAGACACGAGUAUUGUUUUUGCCUUGUAAAGACAACGCUGGAGGAGUCUAAGUAUGAAUUACACAUAUAACUAUUUAUAACAGUACAGUAAAAAACACUUAUACAAAACAAAUGUUAACCUAAACAUUAUUACAGUAAUAAUAAUUGAAAAAAAAAAGAUUUAGUAUGUUGUUUUUACAUUUUAAACGAGAACAGUUUAUAGUCAUGACGGACGUGAUUUAUUUUAUAUAAUUUCUCCAUGUGCAGAAAUGACAUCAGACAUCCAAUUUAAUGUUUACACUUCAAAGAGAACUGUUUUUGUAUGUUUUGCAAUAUUUAAAUAUCAAUUACAGUUUUGUCUGUCUCUUUAAAUUGUUACAUUUCAUCUGUGGUGAAUGUGUGAAAAGAAAAAAAGAAGAAAAAAAAAAACCUUGUUGGGUUCACGUUUAGUUUUCUCCCCCCCCUCCCCCUCCGUCUUUUUAAUUUGAUCUUAUAUUUAAAUUAAAGUAACUGAGAGGCCGGCGGUCAAAGUUGAGCGUUUGUUCAGCUCGUUGAAAACUCUCGUCACCGUAAGCCGACCGCCUCUCAGUUCAAAGCGCAGAACAUUUCUUCAAGAAUAUUUAUUUGACUUAUCUUGCCUUGUUUUUUUUUUUUUUUAAAUAGACGAAAGCUGUACACUAAACUGUUUGUGUCUUAGUCAUGUUUUUACAAGAAAACGAUAUAUUAGGCCUGUGUGUUUAUUGUCAAUGUGCUCUUGAAUGUCAUAUUUUAAUGUCGCGCUCAUUUAGCACUUGUUCACCUCCUUACGAAUAUCACUCACUGCAGCACUUACCAAGCUAAAAGAAGGGUUCGUGUCUCAAAUGGCUGUGGUGGGAUGUUAAAUGAAGCCGAGCCAAAACAAGAAGGGGGGGGGGUUUGCCCUAUUAACCUUUUGAAUUCGAAAUAUGGAGAUGCGUGAGCGCUUGCUGCGAAGCGUCUUCAUGCACACGAGGAAAUAACGUUGUUUCUUAAAAAAAAAAUCUUUUGGUCGACUUUUUUUUUUCUUUUUCUUCUUUUGAGAGCAUUGAACAUUUAUGCUGUCAAAACCAAACCAAAAUGUCACUCUAUAAUCUGCCUUGUCAUUAUUUUUACCCAUUGAACCCCCCCCCCCCACCCCACCCCACCCCACCCUGUAUUUCUGUGCAAUAGCAAGGACUUCUGUUGACCUGUAAAGAAAUAUAUUUGGUUUUGGAGUGUUAGAGACGUGUGAACUGCAAUGGGUAGCGUGUUCUACAAAUAUUAGCCUUUGCAUUGAGUGCUUAAAAAUCUCCAGCUACAAGACGGCGAGUUGAGCCUCACCUGGUUUGUACCGACAGUUGAAAACAAUACAGAGGGGCGGUGUGUUUUGCCAAGCUUUUGAGUGUUUUUAUUCAAUAUUUAAAAUGUGGUAUUGAUGUGACUUUCUGCUCAGGGAGGCUGAGAUUGUUUUCUAAAACCCCGUCAACCCUCUGCUCACCCCUCUUAUAUUAGUUUGGCAUCUGAGAAUGGCUUUAACCGAUCUGUCUCCCAACUUCACGAAUAAGAGCACUUACAAGACAUGGUUUUCGUAAUUGCAAUAUUUGAAAAAUAUUUAAAUGUUUUAGAGAGAAGUGUCUGUUUGAACUAUGUAUUAUUACAUUAUUUAUAUCGAAGCCAAACUAGUAACUUGUUCUUAUUUAUUUUUUUUUUGCAAACCUUCAGGAACUUAUCUACAAAUGUGAAGAGAAAAAACAAAAAAAGAUUAAAUGAUUCAAAUGUUGUUUUUACAAACCAUUGACGAAAACGUGCUUGUGGACUUUUGGCUCGUCUCCGGAAUCCUCUCUGCACCGCGGUGGACCUUCGUCUCGACCGCCACGCUUCGCAUCAGUAUGCAUACACGACUCUCCCGUAACAUCUUGGGAACAAACAUUGGGAGGUUGUACGUUGUUUUUGUUGUUUUUUUUAAUCGAGAGAACAAAAAGAAGGAAAAUGCAGACACCUUUUUUCAAAACGGUCAACUGGAACAGGGAAGAGAAAAAAAAGAAAAUCCACUUUAUUGCAGAGGGACACUGAUGGAUUGUUUGAGUCACAGGGUUUUUGUUUUCACUCAGCUUUCAUACAGGACCGUCCCCGAUUAACAACCUAUGCAAUAUACUCUCACGGUCUGUUGGUUCAGACGAGCCUCACGGCGACUGGCAUUUAAAUCACUAUUGCAUUAAAGGUAUUUUUUUUUGUGGCUGUAUUUUUGGGGGAAUUCUGUGUUUUUUUUCUUUCUUUCUUUUAAUAAAACCGCAGGCAGGAAAAGCUC